AUUUAGGGCAACCGCUGCAAAACACCCAGACUGGCAGGAGCAGUUAAGGAAGUGAAGUUUGUCUGAGAAGGCUGAAGUGACAGAUUUUGAGGAUAUCGGCCUUCAAGAUACAGUUCAGACCGUAAGCAUUUACAAUCUUCCAACUGACAGUUACCAAAAUGUACCCAUAGUUCAUUAACGGAUGUAUGAUCCUGUAGACAACAAACUGGUCAACAGUAGGACGAGUCCCCAAUUGUGCUAUACCAUUCAUGCUUCUGCUAGCAAUUGGGUAAUGCAGUUUCAAAGGACCUCACAAGCCCCACAGUCCUGAGCCACAAUUGUGCACCUACCUUAAAUGGAGAGGCCACAACGGCUGGUCAACUGGUAACUGACGUCAUGGCCUCCUGAACGCGCGGUUGUCGCGGAGGGGUGGGGUAGUUUGUCUGAACUUGCGUGUACUUGCCUCUUUGAUGGCUGCAAACGCAAGGCCAUCCGAUCCGUACUUGCCUGCAAUAGCUAGACAAGGGCCGAAUUAACGCAGGGACAGCGGAAUCAUGUGAAGGAAGUAGCUACGUCAUAGGAGCUUCUCCUCCGUCACACCCCUCUGAUGCCUUCCAGGAGUCAGUCAAACCAGAGAUUUGCAAGCAGGCCAGACCCCCCAUUGAUUGUCUAUAUAAUCUCCCAUCUUCCACCUCCCAGAGCUGUUCUUUUUCUUCCAUCAUCAAACAACUCUAGCAGACAAUCAAUCACUACACUCUACAAACAACUUUCACACUCAAACAAACAACUUUCACCACCUACAACUAUCAAAAUGGAGACCAUCAAGAACGCCGGCAACUACGUCGCUGACAAGGUCAACGCUGCCACCUCUGAGGCUUCCAAGACGACCAACAAGGAGGUCGCCAAGGACUCCAAUGCUAGCGCCGGCACUCGUCUCGACGCUGCUGGCAAUGCCAUCUCCGACAAGUUUGACGAGAAGAAGCACGAGGCCUCCGCUGAGACCAACAAGCAGAAGGCUACCCACUAAGUGCCUUUCACUAUCUCAAUAACCGCCUUCUGACACUCAACCGCUCAUCAUUGACGACAUCGACCACUGCUUCUUUCGGGCUGGGAGAGACUUGAUCACAAUGGGUUGGUUUUGGACAUCAUGGGGUGAUUGAUGGGAGAACUUUUGGUGCAUGGAUUUCCGUUUCUUUAGGGGACAGUGGAUUUCGGGAAGGAGGAUUAGCAUUUUAAUACCCCCGACUACUAGCUCGGUAGCUUGAUAGUCAACCUCGCUUCUUACCCAUACUUGUGCCUUUUGCUGUGCUUGGUGAUGUGACUUGUUCUGUGCCUUUCUGCCGACAUCUUUGCUGUGAAUUUGCAAGAGUUACUGGUAAAAUCCACUCUUCGAAUCGAGA